AUGGCUGUUUGCACGGAGCUGUGCAGCGCAGCUGCCAGCUGGAAUCCAGCAUCCUGCCGAGCAGGGGGAACCGAAGCGCUCGGCCGCGCAGAACACCUGCUAGGGACCAAACGCUGGCACAGGCUGCGGCCCUCAGCCCUGGGCCGACCCGUGCAGGGCGCUGGGCUUCUUCCUCCUCCAGCAGGCCGGCCCGCAGCGCGGACACCCAACCGCGAGGUGCCGGAUGGCGCGGUCAAAUCAGCGAGCCCCCAGAAUCCUCACCCCUUCCCCGCGCCGCCCGCCGAGCACCAGCCCCUCGCGGGACCCUCCCUCCCCUGCCCGCCUCCUGCUGCCCACGACGCCCCGCGCGCAGCCGGCCGGCCGCCCCGCAGCCUCACCUCCGCCGGCCGCGAGGACGACGCGGCGCUGGGCGCUGCCGGUGUCAGCACGGCUGGGGGGGUGGUGAUGGUGGUGGCGGCCGGUGGCGGUGUCGCCGCGCCCGGCCGCGUCUCUCCGGGGCACCCACUUCUGCUUCUGCCGUACCCGGGAAGGGGCGGGCCACGUGACCCCGGCGGCCACCUCCUGGUGCGCGGGGCGGGCGGCGCUGUCCGCGCGGGUUCCCCUCAGCCGGAGCCCCCGUCCGUUCAGCGCUCGUGGGGCGGGUGCCAGCCCACCUCCCUGCUGCCAGCUCACCCAGGGCACGGGGCGUUCUGCUGUCACCCUUCAGCCGCCCACAGAGCUGGGAGAGAGCCGCCGUGGCCCCCUGUGAAGCCCCUGUCAGGGAUCAUCAACCUAAGCGCUAAAUAA